AUGGCGUGCAUGAAACUGGGGUCAAAACCAGAAGUCUUUCACCUCGAUGGCCAAUCCUGGUUUUGCUCGACUGGACUUCCUAGUGAUGUCAUUGUUGAAGUUGGAGAAAUAUCCUUCCAUCUUCACAAGUUUCCAUUGCUAUCCAGAAGUGGUUUGUUAGAAAACCUUAUUGCAGAAUCUUCUGUCAAGGAAGAGAAUAAAUGUAUUUUGCAACUUCAUGACCUGCCUGGUGGAGCCAAAGUCUUUUUGGUUAUAGCCAAGUUCUGUUACGGUGUGAAAAUCGAACUCAAUGCGUCAAACAUAGUUAGCGUCAGAUGUGCAGCGGAAUAUCUUCAGAUGAGUGAAGACUAUGGAGAGGGAAAUCUUAUCAUACAAACGGAGACUUUUCUGAAUGAGAUCUUCGGAAAUUGGACAGACUCUCUUAAAGUGCUCGAAACCUGUGAAGAAGUUUUUUCAUAUGCAGAAGACCUUCAUGUUGUCUCGAGAUGUCUCAACUCGUUGGCUAUGAAAGCUUGUGCUGAUCCAAGUCUGUUCAGUUGGCCUGUGUCGGGAGGGCGCAGCGCGGUGCAGAGCCCAGAAGGCGGUGUGUUUUGGAAUGGAAUAGGUACUACAGCAAAACCGCAAUCAGUUGGUGACGAUUGGUGGUAUGAAGAUGUGUCACUCCUCUCAUUACCUCUAUACAAACGUCUAAUUCUAGUUCUUGAAUCAAGAGGCUUGAAACCGGAGAAGAUUUCUGGUUCCCUAAUCCACUACACAAAGAAGCAUCUUUACUUGUUAGGUAGAGAAUCAAGCUUUGAGAACGGAGAUCGUGCUACCCUUGGAUCAACUAUGUCUUCCCCACCUAAUAAAGAGCAAAGGAAUCUCCUUGAACAGAUUGUGGAACUACUACCUGAUCGAAAGGGUGUAACCCCGACCAAUUUCCUGCUUAGGCUCUUAAGAACCUCUAUAUUUUUGCAUGCUGGCCAUACAUGCCGAGAAAAUUUGGAAAAACGAGUUGGGGCUCAGUUGGAUCAAGCAGUCCUUGAAGAUCUUCUCAUACCAAGCAUGGGGUACUCGAUGGAGACUCUUUACGAUGUUGAUUGUGUUCAGCGGAUUCUUGAUCACUUCAUGAUAGUGGAUCGUGACAUGAGCGACUGCACUUUGACUUCUGUGGUGGAUGAGGGGCAGCUCAUUGGAGGCUCCCAUUCACUUACCCCAAUCACCAUGGUGGCUAAUCUGAUGGAUGGAUUUCUUGCUGAGGUGGCACCCGAUCCUAACCUGAAGUUACCCAAAUUUCAGUCACUGGCUGCUGUUAUUCCUGAAUUUGCCAGGCCAUUAGAUGAUGGAAUGUACCGGGCCAUUGAUGUCUACCUCAAGGCCCAUCCCUGGCUAACAGACUCCGAGAGGGAACAAAUCUGCAGGCUCAUGAACUGCCAGAAGCUCUCAUUGGAAGCCAGCACACACGCAGCCCAGAAUGAAAGGCUACCACUCCGCGUCAUUGUCCAAGUUCUAUUCUUUGAACAGCUCAGGCUACGAACCUCAGUUGCCGGUUGGUUCUUUGUCUCUGACAACCUCGAGAACUUACAAAACCACAGCGGGAAUCUUGCACUCACCAGAACUGAAUUAUCCCACCAGGCUGGCACCAGGCAGAAUCAGGUUGUGGCAGUGGAUAACGUGAGGGAGAGGGUGUCUGAGCUCGAGAAAGAGGGUUUGAGCAUGAAAGAAGAGCUUGAAAAAAUGGUCAAGACAAAAGGAAGUUGGAAUAUGAUCUUCAGAAGGUUUGGCUUUAGACCAAAGUCAAAGUCUUGUGAUGCAAAAGUAACCAAGAACUGUAACAAUGGCAAAGAACAGCCCUCAGCAGCACCAGCACCAGCACCGGUCGUGAAUGGAAGUAAAAACCCGAAGAAUGGUGAAGUGGAAGCUUAA